GUCUACGAUACGAUCGCCGCCACGGACCGAUCCUUUGGCUUCAAUGUCAUCUUUGAGCCUGAAGCCCGCCAGGAGGAUGUCUUUGAACACUCAGGCGUGAAACGGCUGAUUGAUAUGGCACUGGAUGGUUUUGCCUGCACUGUAUUUGCCUACGGACAGACGAGCACCGGCAAGACGUUCACCUUAACUGGCAAUGUUUUCCAGAUUGAAGCAGAGCGACAGUCAGUGUCGUCUCACCGGCGAGGUCAGCCAGCCAGUCGAAGCAGCGGUGGAAGUCAUCGAGGCAAGCCAUCAUCAUCAUCUCACAGCAAUGGCAAUCACAACGGCGCUGCUGCUGCCGCUGCGGCGCCUGGCCCCAAGAACAUCGGCAUUGUGCAGCUCUCCUUUGCUUAUCUCUUCGAACAGAUUAAGCGUCGCAAACUUCGUGACAAGACACUUUACGUGAUCACCGUCUCCUACUUGGAAAUCUACAACGAACAGGUUCUCGACCUGCUAAAUCCGUCGCCUCGAUGUCUGAACGUUCGCUGGGCAAAGGAUCGUGGCUUCUACGCGGAGAAUCUCUUCAAGGUGGAGUGCGAAGACAUCGGCGACCUGGAAGGUGUUCUCGAGGAGGGUUGCAAGAACCGUCAGGUGCGAAGUCAUAGCAUGAAUGAGAACUCCAGUCGCAGCCACGCAGUGAUGACCAUCACCUUGUCUUCUGAAACCCCCGAUCCAGAUGAUCCACAGGACCCACGAGAGUUGCUUAUUCUCAGCCUGAAACGAGAAGUGCGCUCACUGCGAGUGGAGAACAGCUAUCUACGGCAGCACUUUCAGCAUAUUCUCGCCAGUUCACAGCCCGACGAGAAUGGCGUCGUCAGUGGCGUUGACAAGGGCACCAUUAUGGCUAUUCUGAGCAGCAACGGUGGCAGCAAUCAGGAGGCUAAUCAUGAUGCUAAUCGCGCCGAUGCAGGCGGCCAGCUAAGUCUGACCGUGCGAGAAAAUGAAAUGCUCCG